UCGAGUUAAAUCCUGACAACGUGACAUCCUAUGUGCUGGUCGCUCGUGAGGGACCGUCUAUGGGAAUGUGACACUUUGGCACACAGCUGAGCUCAGUGUUGGGGGUGCUGUUUAUCUCCUGGUCACCAUGGAAAUGUUUGGUUACUGUAGAGCGCCUAAUGGCUCCUGGACUCCACCAGGUGUGUUUGGAAAUUAGCUGGAGCACAUAGAUAUACUCUACCUCGCACCAAUGAACUUUUCGGUCCUCAACGCGCCGCUGCAUCCUUCUCAGGGACAAUGAGGACGAGUCGCAAAUGCAGGACCCUUCUGUCGAUAACCUUAAACUUUAUGGCUCUGCUUUUCGCAAUAACAGCAUUUAUUACGACGUACUGGUGCGUGGGGACGCAGAGAGUCCCCAAGCCCAAGUGCAGCAAGCUGCGCACACACCAGUGUAUCGACUACGGGGUGAAUGAGACAGACCCCAACAAAGUGGUGUACAGCUGGGAGACCGGGGACGACCGGUUCCUGUUCCGACAGUUUCACACCGGCAUCUGGUUCUCCUGUGAGGAAAAUAUCCACGAUGAAAGUGAGAGAUGCCGGAGCUUCAUUGACCUGGCCCCCGCAUCAGAAAAGGUGAGGAUGCUGUGGCUGUCGCUGGUCUCUGAGAUGCUUUACAUCAUUCUGUUGGUGGUGGGCUUCAGCCUCAUGUGUUUAGACCUGGUCCACUCCAUCAACGUCAUUGAUGGACUCAAACUCAACGCCUUUGCUGCCGUCUUCACCGUGCUCUCAGGUCUUCUUGGCAUGGUGGCUCAUGUGAUGUACACACAGGUCUUCACAGUCACUGUCAGCUUCGGCCCCCCUGAUUGGAGGCCCUACAACUGGGACUAUGGCUGGUCCUUCUGCAUAGCCUGGGCAUCCUUCACCUGCUGCAUGGGAGCAUCAGUCACCACCCUCAACUCCUAUACGAAGACUGUCAUCGAGUUCAGACACAAACGAAAGACCUUCGAGCAAAGCAUCCGGGAGGAGCAAGCAAGGGAGGCUUUCGGAUACUACCGGGAACGCUCUGUGCAAUCCAUCUCCAAAACUGUGGAGGUUUAUACCAGCCAGACCCCAAAAAGUGGCAGAAAAACUCCCAUACCUGCUGACUCUCUGGACCUGACUGACUGUGCACGAUCUUUAGGGGAAGAGCAGUGCUGAUUGAGACAAUUUCUGUCAGUGUUGCAACUUCCCAGAAAGGGGGCGCUGUUGUCUGUGUUUGGUCGGUUUUGAAGGGAUGAAGGCCUCAUGGGAUUUCAGGCUGCAUCAUAAGCACCAUCUGCUACAUUUUAACACUGCCUUAAUUGCGGUUGGGUUGUUGGCAUUGGUUGUCAAGGAGCUUAAAGUCACAUAUAGGAGCUUUAAAUCAGCUGAUAAUAUAGAAAGUGGGCAUGAACUGAUCUCAUAUACAUAGAUGAGGAAAGCUACCACAAAGUAGGUUUAAAACAAACUGUUUUGUAGAGCCAUAAAAAAAAGAAUGAGGGACGCCUGGAUGCUAUAAUAGCCUUAUAAACACACUUCAGUCAAUCAAUAAACAAUGCAAAGACAGGAGACAGAAGUUCAAGUGGUUUCGUUCAUUCUGUAAUAAAGCCACAAAUACUUAAAUGAAAAUGAUGUGCCUACAUAUAGGAAGUGUAAAUAAUGUCAUGAAAUAUUUAAUUUAGAUAUUCACACACACACACACACACACACACACACAUACGCAAAGCCAGGUCAAGUAAAGCUGCAGAGAAACUUAAACACAGAUCUUUGUGGGUGAGAGUACUUCCUGCAAAGCAUGAUAGGAAUAAUUUAAACACUCAGUAUGGUUUCAAACAUUUCCAGGAAACUAUGUAAUUUAAAAUUGAUGCUUAUGUUUUGAUCAGAGGAAAAUAAAUUCUCUCUACUGUGAAAAAAACGUGUUAUUCUCUCUUAAUUAGACAUGUACCGAGGCAUGUUAGUAUGCUAAAUGUUUAUCAUCCCACAUACUGAAGUGAAGCUUCAUGAAAAGAUGAUCUUUGCAGAUUUGAAUGCAAAUAUUGACUGUAAAGCAACAAAGAAACCACUUGUCUUAUUUCUGAGAUGUGAUGACUUAACAUCCUGAGCAUCAAAGAAGUUCUACAGACACGGAUGAAUUCAAGGCCUUACAAA